AUGGGCAAAGAUCAAGAAGACAAUCGAAGAUCUUCUGAGCCGUACGACAUAAAGCGGGUUGUUCGUCUUGCUGUUCAUUCCAGAGAUUCGGAAAGCGUCGCGAUCAUUGUCAAAAAGGCGACACUCCUUCCCGUUUAUUUGGAUGAUCUGAAGAAGUCCAACGCUAACGGAAAAACUCCGUUAAUGCUUGCAAUUGCGGACCAAGACGCGGAUAUUGUCGAUUUGUUUCUCGAACAUCUCAGAGCAGUCUCUCCCUUCAAAAUUGCCGAGCAGUGUUUGGAGGGACCCGUGGAAACCGCAGCUGCCGUGGGCAAUGAAGAAAUAUUCAAAAAGCUGUUGAACUUCGCAAAAUCGUCGCUGGAUCCAGAAGUUUACAACAGAGCCAUGGUUCAAGCUGCUGUGAAUGGACAGACUGCCUGCUUGGAAAUGCUUCUGACUACCGAAAAAGUCGAUUUGAACUUCGGAGACGCAGAGGGAGUCCAACAAACUGCACUUCAUAAAUGCAUCUUGAGAUCUCAAAAAGGAGAAGCCUACAAAAAUUACGUCGAAUGUGCUCGUAUGUUGCUGAAAUUUGGAGCUGAUCCGAACGUAUUAGACAAAUUUCAGGCCACUCCCAUUCAUUACUCAGCCAUACGGGGAUGUCCGGAAAUCACCCAACUCUUGUUGGACUACAAAGCUAUCCCAGAAGUUUUCAAUUCUCUUGGGAAUUCCCCGUUGCAUGCCGCAGCAGAGAGUGGUCAAGCUGAUUGCUUGAAACUGUUACUAAAUCAUCCUAAAGCCCGCAAAUUGUCCAUAGCGCAAAACCUUCAAGGAAAAACCUAUUUUCAUAUCGCUUGUGAAAAUGCUGAUGCUUCCACAAUUCGAACGAUUAUAAAUUUGGACCCCGAGUUGGACACAGUAAUUCCCGAUAGAUCAGGUUACACGGCGUUGCAUUAUGCUGUUCUCCGAGGAGAGACGGAUAUUGUCAAAAUAUUUAUUGAACGAGGUUUGUUCAAGAAGAAUGAAGAGGGUCUGAGAACAACCAACAAUGGAGACACACUUUUGCACUUGGCAGCCGAAGCUAACGAUGAUCCAGAACUAAUAGAAUUACUUGUAUCUUAUGGUGAACCAGUUAAUCAUGGGAAUGACCAAGGAUCGACUCCAAUUCAUAUGGCCAUCAAAGCUGGUCAUGAGGACAACGUAAUGAUGCUGCAUAGCAAGUUCGCCAAGCUGACGAUUCCAGAUGAAUUGGGAGACACUCCUUUACGACUGAUGCUGCAAAAGAUGCCUCAUGUUUUAAAAAAGAUAAUGGAUAGGAUGGUGACCGUUACUGGAAAAGACUUCAGCAGCAAGAAUUUGCAAGUUAAAGUCAACUUCGAAGAUUUUGCAAUUCCAAAAACCACUGCGGAGGGUUUGAGUCGUGUCCAGAAAUCCGUUUCCGUUGACGACGAAGCCAGCGAAGAGUAUUCCGCUAUUUUCCGGUGUUUCAACUUCGUGAGAAAUAAAAUGAAAUAUAGUCGAGAGUCGAAACCACCAUCGGACACUGAAACGUUCAUGGAAUUCGUUAGCUGCGGCCGGCAGCACCUAUUGGCACACCCUGUGUGUCGCGUGUUCACCGAUUUGAAAUGGAAUCGGUACCGAAGGAUCUGGUUCACGUACUUUUUGCUCAAUGUAAUUUUUGUGUUAUCACUGUCGACGCAUCAGUGUAUUUUCUUUGGUUACUUGGGGUACGACUCCAUCGGAAAUCCGAAAAUUUGGGAAUGUUCUAUUAAAAAGAUCCCUACUGUUGCCAAGGUCGCUCUGCAUCGUCUGGAUUAUUUCAAGCAACCAGAAAACAUUUUCCAGUUGGUUACUUUUGUUUUGGUAUUGCUCACAAGUCCCUACCCAAACGCUCCUCCGAAAUUUCGUCGCUACCAACAUCAUCUCAGUGCUGCUUGCGUACUCAUUGCGUGGACGCAGAUGAUGGUGUUCGUUGGAAAAACUCCGAGAAUGGGCAUUUACAUUGCCAUGUUCAAACAAAUGGCUCAGGUGUUCAUACAGUUCGUGCUCAUCUACAUUUGGAUCAUUGUGGGAUGCGCAUUAGCAUUGUUCAUUUUAUUCGUUGAGUCUGGCGAACAAAAUGGCUACAACCCCUUUGACAAUCCGCUGAAAAGCCUCAUGAAAGCAGUCAUCAUGCUCACUGGGGAGUUCGAUUACGUCAGUACAUUCGAAAGCGACGUUCCUUACCCUGUUACGACUCAUGUCGUGUACCUUUUCUUCGUUCUCUUGGUAACCCUGAUCCUCGGUAACCUUUUGGUUUCUCUCGCCGUGAACGAGCUAAAAAACAUUCAGCGACAGGCGGAAAUCAAACGCAUGGUUCGCAUGCUGGAACUGAUAGCAUAUGUUGAAUACAUUCUCCCGUACGAAUCGAUCCUUUACAUGCCGACUCUAGAAGCCAAUCCGUUCUUCUCGCCGAAUGACCGCCUGAAUCGUGAUAAACUGAUAGUGGAGAUGCCGCAUCGUGGAGGAAUUAUUUCUUCUGGACUCUGGUAUCUCCAGUCAUUCCAUCAGGUCAAGACGGAAGGUAGUGUGAAAGACUUGACUGGUGUAGCUGCGCCGAAAGUAAGCAAUGCGACUUUGCAACGCCACGGAUGGAUCACGCUCGACAAAGAUAUCUUUGCCGGGGCCAUGAAAAUCGUCGAACGUCGACAUGAGCAGGAGAGCUUUCGUUCCAAAUAUUUCGGACCAAAGAAUGUGGCGCCGGAAAUUUUCCAGCAGGCUCAAGACGACGAGUCUUCUAGAAAGCCGGGUCGAAGAUGGGGACUCGGAAGAGCAAUGAUCAAAUGGUCCUCUCGGCUCAAGAAAGACGCGUCCUCGAAAAAUGCGUCUGCGCAAAAUCCUGACAAAGAAAAGUUGCCUAGACUGGAAACUGACGGACGUCGUGAGAGACCAGCUACAUUUGCCACCCAAUUAUCUGUCACCGAGCUUCAGUCACAAGUGAAAGUCGUGGAAGAGAAGUUAGAUUUCUUGCUGGAGCGAGUGGAAAACAUGACUAGAAUGGUGUCCUUCGGAUACGUUUCGACCGAGGACGGAAGCGGAAAUACUCCGUUGCAUAUUGCGACUAAAAAAGGCAUGAUCAAGAUACUUGAUGUACUACUUCCCGCAUACUUGGACGAUUUAACGAAGUCAAACAUUGACGGCAAAACUCCCUUGAUGCUGGCCAUUGCCAAUCAAAGCAUGGAAAUCGUGGAUUUUUUUCUCAAUUAUGUGGGAGAGCAUUUCCCAUCGCAAUUCGCUACUCUGUGUUUGGCAGGAUCCGUGGAAACCGCAGCUUUUGUGGGUAAUGAGGAAAUACUCAAAACGCUGUUGAACUUUGCAAAAUCGUCGCUGGAUUCGGACGUUUACAACAAAGCCAUGGUUCAAGCUGCCGUGAACGGCCAAGAUGUUUGCUUGGAGAUGAUUCUGACCGCCGAGAAAGUAGACUUAAACUUUGGACGGGCUGAAGGGAAAUGCACGGCGCUCCAUGAAUGUAUUUUGAAUGCGGAACAAGGAGAACGCAAUCGACACUAUGUGGAAUGUGUUCGUAAAUUGCUGGAAUCUGGAGCCGAUCCGAACGUUUCGGAUGUGUACGGAUCAACUCCUAUUCAUUAUGCUGCAUUACGGGGGUUAACGGAAAUCACCGGAAUCUUGUUGGACUACAAGGCAAAAUUGAAAGUAUCAAAUUCGUUGUGGAAUUCACCGUUGCAUGCCGCAGCAGAAAGCUGCCAAACUGAUUGCUUGCAGCUGCUAUUGAAGCACCCGGAUGUGUGCCAACUGUCCACUGUGCAAAAUCGCCUUGGGAAAACCUACUUACAUCUCGCAUGUGAAAAUGCUGAUGUAUCUAUGAUUCGAGCAAUUCUAGAUGUGGACCCUGAGUUGGACUCGGAAAUCGCUGAUACAUCCGGUUUCACGGCUUUGCAUUAUGCUGUUAUGCGAGGCGAGACGGAUAUCGUGAAGUUAUUCAUUGAACGUGGAUUGUUGAAGGAGAAUGAGGAAGGGUGGAGGACGACGAACAACGGAGACACGCUGUUACAUUUGGCAGCCGAAGCCAACGAUGAUCCAGAAUUGAUCGAAUUACUAGUAAAUAAGGGUGAACCUGUUAAUGUCAGAAACGCCGAAGGAUCCACUCCUAUUCAUAUUGCUGUCAAAGCUGGGUAUGAGGACAACGUGCUGAUGCUGCAUAGCAAAUCCGCCAAGCUGACGGUUCCUGAUGACAUGGGAGAUACUCCUUUACGACUCAUGUUGCAAAGAAUGCCUCAUGUAUUGAAAAAGAUCAUGGAUGGGAUGGUAACAGUCUUGGGAACGGAUUUCAGCAAUAAGCACUUACAAGUUCAAAUCAACUUCGAAGAUUUUGCAUUGCCAAGAACUGCUUCGCAACAUUCAGGUCAUACAAAUAAAUUCGUAUCCGAGGACAACGAAUUUAAUGAAGAACCUUCGGUAUUCCUUCGAUGCUUCAAUUUUGUUCGAAAGAAGAUGAAAUACGGCCGAGAUUCGAAACCACCCUCGGACACUGAUACAUUCAUGGAAUUCGUCAGCAGCGGCCGGCGAAACCUACUUACGCAUCCUGUGUGUCGAGUUUUCACCGAUUUAAAAUGGAACCGUUACCGCAAGAUUUGGUUCGCAUAUUUUUUGCUUAAUUUAGCUUUUGUGUCGUCACUAUCGGUGUAUCAGUGUAUUUUCUUUGGUUACCUUGGGUACGACUCCAUUGGACAUUCGGAAUUUUGGCAGUGUUCCAUCAAAUCGAACAUAACCAAUGACGAGUCACCAUUUCAAAGUUCUUGGAAGCUACCCGUGGAAGAAGUAGCGAAUCAGUGGAGACAAGAGUGGAAAGAUGCCAUCUGUGGUCUUUACUUUUUUUCCUUCUCAGCCAUGUACGUAACGUUGGCCAUGCUAACUUGGCUUGAGACAUACCAGGUCGCGCUGCAUGGUCUCAUUUAUUUCAGGCAACCAGAAAAUAUUUCGCAAUUGACAACUUUCAUCUUGGUAUUGCUCACAACCCCUUACCCAAGUGCUCCUAGAGAAUUCCGUCGCUUCCAGCAUCAUUUGAGUGCCGCUUGUGUAUUAAUAGCGUCGACGCAAAUGAUGGUGUUCGUCGGAAAAACUCCGUCAAUGGGGAUAUACAUUUCCAUGUUCAAGCAAAUGGCGCAGUCUGGAGAACAACAUGUUUACAAUCCUUUUGACAACCCUUUGAAAAGCAUCAUGAAAUCAAUCGUCAUGCUCACUGGGGAGUUCGAUUUUGUCGGCACUUUUGAGGGCAACAUCCCCUACCCAGUAACGACUCAUGUCGUGUACCUUUUCUUCGUUCUCUUGGUAACCCUGAUCCUCGGGAACCUUUUGGUUUCGCUUGCCGUGAACGAACUGAAAAACAUUCAGCGACAGGCGGAAAUCAGACGCAUGGUUCACUUGAUGAGGCUAAUAGCAUAUGUCGAAUACAUUCUCCCGUACGAAUGGUUCCUCUACAUGCCAACUCGAGAAGCAAAGCCGGGGUUCUUCCCGAACGAUCGCAUGAAUCGGGACAAGUUGGUAGUGAAAAUGCCGCGUCUUAGAGAAAUGAUUUUCGAUGGACACGAUUGGAUUAAGCUGGAUAAGGAUAUUUUUUCCGGUGCCAUGAAAAUCAUCGAGCGACGACGCGAAAAUGUGAGCUUCUCUUCCAAACUAGGGCCGAAGUAUUCGUCACCGGAAAAUUCUCAAGGGACUUUGGUCGAAUCUUCUCGUAAGCCGGGUCGGAAAUGGAAGCUCGGGAAAGCGUUGAUUGAAUGGUCCUCACGUCUCAAGAAUGAUGUUUCAUCAAAGAACGUUUCUUCACAAAAUAAUGACGAAGAUACACAUAAGACGAAACUGGAAACGGAUGGACCCCGUCGGAGGCCAGCUGAAUUUUACACCCAAGUAUCUAAUGCGGAGCUUCAGUCACAAGUGAAAGUCCUCGAAGAGAAGAUGGAUUUCAUGUUGGAACGAAUGGGUCACAUGAUGCGAAUGUCUGUUCGUAGUCGGCGUUAUAGAAGUGAUUCCUUAUCCUCUGUCGAGUGACUCGAUUCGGUGGAUUUACUCGAUGAACUAUUUCAAAUUAACAUUGCUAUGAACAGCACUUUAUAUAAGCUACCUGUCGUAAUAUUGUCAUCCAUCUGCUCCUGACGUGAAUUAAUUUUUAGCUUUUUGAAUACGCAGAAAGGCGUCUCUUGCUAUUUUUCUGUAGCAUCGACCUUUUUUUUAUACGAACUUGCGACUAUCAAUGUCUCAGUGCGCAAUCGACUACCAAGAAGCAGGGUCACAUAAAUGCUAGCUUAAGGCCAGAACCUGAGUUUACCCCUCUUAAAUUGUUCAGAACCUCGGGUGUGAACGUGAAUAUUUUCCGAAUUUUGAUUUUGUUUCGCGAGGAGAGGUACUUUGUAAUCGCGUGGCUGUUUACUAAUCGAUUCUCACUGUGAUGGAGUAAAUAGGAUUUACCUGCAA